GGUCGAGUCGUUAGCGGACAGUGAAGGUUACCUGCGUCAACAGUGCUUGAACGGCAACCUUUCAACUGUCUUCGGAACCCCAACAAUCGAUUUGAUCGCUCAGAAAUCAAUUGAUAACAUCAAAAUCAAAAUUAUUUUACCUUGAAACAUCAGCUAGCUGAGAUAUUCUGAACACCUUUAGCUUGCUAGCUAGCUGAACUUCUUUGUUUCGUCGACGACGCUCGGGACUGCUUUUCCUCCUCACGAGAAGACCCGCCACUGAAAUCUGAACCAUGACUUCCCAGGUGAGACAGAACUUCCACCAGGACUGCGAGGCUGCCAUCAACAGGCAGAUCAACCUGGAGCUGUAUGCCUCCUACGUCUACCUGUCUAUGGGAUACUACUUCGACCGGGAUGAUCAGGCAUUGGCCAACUUUUCCAAGUUCUUUCUUGAUCAGUCACACGAGGAGCGCGAGCAUGCCAAGAAGCUGAUGAAACUUCAGAACCAGAGGGGGGGAAAGAUCUUCCUACAAGAUGUCAAGAAGCCAGAGAGGGAUGAGUGGGGCAGUGGAGUUGAGGCCCUUGAGUGUGCCCUGCAGCUUGAGAGGAGCGUGAACCAGUCACUGCUGGACUUGCAUAAGCUCUGCGCUGAUCACAAUGACCCACACAUGUGUGAUUUCCUCGAGACCCACUACCUGGACGAGCAGGUGAAGUCCAUCAAAGAGCUGGGAGACUGGGUGACCAAUCUGCGCCGCAUGGGAGCUCCUCAGAACGGCAUGGCCGAGUACCUGUUUGACAAACACACCCUGGGCAAAGAAAGCAGCUAAAUCAUCCAAAUCGCAUACAAAUGCUUUCUGCAUGUGCAUAUUUGUAUUUUGCUUUCUAUCAUUCUUCAAAUAUGAAGCUAUCUCAUCUGCAUUGUACUGGCAAGUAAUUAAACCGGUUUAUAUUAACUACAUUGUUGCCAUUUACGCAACAUGAGUUCCUUAACAAACCCCAGGGCUGUGAGUUAUUCCACGCCCACUCUUUUAUCUUGCAAUUCUGUCGGCAUUGCCUUCCUCAUUACUAUGAAUUUGCUGUGUUUUAUUCCACAAGCUCUUCCUGAAACCAAAUAAAACGAACCCUCUGGAUUCUGACAAGUC